UUUAGAUCCAGCACUUUUUGCAAUUCGUGAAAUUGAUAUACAGCGAGUUGCCGAAAAAUUUACCGAAAAUUUUCGAGCCUCGGCCGCCUAUCCGUGUCAAAGAUUUCAAUGAAAUAAACCUCAAUCAGGAAGCUUGGCUGAAGGAAACUUUCACCAUAACUCCCAUCCAGAGCGAGAAGAAGGCUCCCGAUGGCUCUGUACAAACCUACAAUCUCAUUCCAAGAGCAGUGCUGUCGCUUAAAGUGCUGCAAGAGUUGCCCAUAAUCGUGGUCUUGAUGUACCAGAUCUACAAACAAAACGUGCACCAGGAGGUCUCGGACUUUAUUCCACUGAUCAUGACAACGAUAACGUUGCAGCCAAGUCCUCAGCAACGCGCGGCGCCGGGCUUCAACAAGGAAGUCUUUGUCGACUUUAUGGGCGCCCAAAUAAAGACCACCUCGUUCCUGGCCUACAUCAUACGCAUCUUUCAAGACGUUGUCGCUCAGCACAGCACCAUGAUGGUCAAGGGUAUGCUAGGAUUACUGUCUCUCUGCCCACCCGAGGUGGCGAACCUGAGAAAAGAGUUGUUGAUAGCCGCGCGGCACAUCCUCGCCACGGAUUUCAGGAUGAAAUUUGUGCCUCACAUUGAACGACUCUUUGACGAGGAGGUACUGCUCGGUCAUGGGUGGACGACUUACGAAAAUCUCAGGCCGCUCGCUUACUCGACUCUCGCCGAUUUGGUUCACCAUGUAAGGCAAUCCCUACCUUUGGCUGAUCUUGCUAGAGCCGUACAAGUAUUCAGUAAAAACGUACACGACCAGAACCUACCGACAGCCAUCCAGACCAUGUCCUGUAAGUUGCUGCUGAAUCUGGUCGAUUGCAUCAGACAACGCUCGGAAGCCGAAGGCAGUAACCAGGGUAGAGAACUACUUAUGAGGAUACUCGAGGCGUUUGUGCUGAAAUUCAAAACAAUCACGAAACUACAGUUACCCGUUUUGAUGGCCAAGGCGAAACAACUGCAAACGCCCAACGUCGAUGCAAAAUCCACUUCGCAAGAGGACAUCAAAGAUAUAAAACCCAGUCUCGCAGAACUUCAGCAGCAAGAGGAAAAAGAGUCCAAGUCGAAAUUCGGUUUUCCCUCUCAGCAGCCGGUGCCGAAUCAGCACUGCAACGUCGUCGACUGUCGUAGUCUCGUGAAAACCCUCGUUUGCGGUGUCAAGACCAUCACUUGGGGUUGCGCCAAUUGCAAAGCGUCCGACAUGACGCCGCAGAUGAAACAAUUUCAACCCAAAGAAACGUUGGUUUUCAUACGUCUCGUUAAAUGGGCUCUGCAGGCCUUGGACAUUUACACAAUAGGACCACAGGCUAUUGGGGCGCUCGUACAACCAGGCAGACCGACUCAGCCGCAAACGGUCAGAAGUAAGGAGGAAAAAGAAGUGCUGGAACACUUUAGCGGGGUCUUUUCCCUGAUGAACCCUCAAACCUUCCAGGAGAUAUUUUCGACGACCAUUGAGUACAUGGUCGAGCGUAUCUUCAAGAAUCCGGCUCUGCAGAUAAUCGGCAACUCUUUUUUGGCCAAUCCAACGACCUCGCCAAUCUUCGCCACCGUACUCGUGGAAUACCUGCUAGAACGGAUCGAUGAGAUGGGCUCGUGCGUCGAGCGGAGCAACCUCUACCUGCGACUGUUCAAACUUGUCUUUGGCAGCGUAUCGCUAUUUCCUGCCGAGAACGAGCACAUGCUACGACCACAUUUGCACCAGAUCGUCAACAGAUCCAUGGAAUUAGCCAUGUCCGCCAAGGAACCCUACAAUUACUUUUUGCUGUUACGGGCCCUCUUCCGCUCCAUCGGUGGUGGCUCCCAUGAUCUUCUCUACCAAGAAUUCCUGCCACUACUACCCAACUUGCUCGAGGGACUCAACAGGCUACAGUCCGGGCUGCACAAGCAACACAUGAAAGACUUGUUCGUCGAGUUGUGCUUGACCGUGCCCGUUCGCCUGAGUUCCCUGUUACCGUAUCUGCCCAUGCUGAUGGACCCGCUAGUUUCGGCUCUCAAUGGAAGCCACACCCUCGUGAGCCAAGGGCUGCGUACGCUCGAGCUUUGCGUCGACAAUCUUCAACCUGACUUCCUCUACGAGCACAUUCAACCGGUCAGAGCAGACUUAAUGCAGGCAUUGUGGAGAACCCUGCGCAAUCCCACGGAGCAGGUGGCUCACGUGGCUUUUAGAGUCCUCGGCAAGUUUGGCGGAGGGAACCGAAAGAUGAUGAUUGAGCCGCAAAAACUCGAGUACAACGAUCGAGAGACAAACUCACCGGCCGUCGUCGCGUACUUCCAGGAGCCGAUGCAGGCCAUCGACUUCUUCACCGAGAAGGUCAUCGACACGGCCCUCACGGCCCUCAAAUCCAACACUACCGAUACAUUUUAUCGCAAACAGUGCUGGGAGGCGGUUCAUUGUUACUUGGCUGCCUCUAUGAAACUGGACGACGAACGCGCGACUCUAUACAAGUUCUUUAAGCACCCGUCGUUCAAGGACGGAAAGAUCCUGAACGCCGGAGGGCAUUACAAGUGCCCGGACACGGUCGCGCGCAACGUCCAGCAGACAGCGCUCACCGGCUUGUUCGUCGCGGCCGCGCACAAAGAUCUGCGCCAAACGGUGCUCGGGCCGAUGUUCAGCAUCGUCCGGCACUACACGAUGGUCGCGAUCGCCCAGCAAGCCGGACCCUUCUGCCUGGCCAACACGCCAAACAAACUUCAGGGCCUGGAUCCCCUGGUGCUCGUCGACGCCCUGGCUACGAUAAUCGGCCACGAGGACAAGGACUUGUGCAAACCAGGCAACAUGGCUCUCGUGCUGAUACUCGAGACCGCAACGAGCAUCCUAGGCUCAAAGGAGCGAGCCUGCCAGCUGCCGCUCAUGGAGUAUCUCGCCGACCGGAUGUGCUCCCUCUGUUACGAGCGCGCCUGGUACGCGAAGCUCGGCGGCUGUAUGGCUAUCAAAUUUUUGUUCGAGCGCAUGGCCACCAAGUGGGUGCUCAAUCAUUUGUUUAUCUUCCUGCGAGCCCUCAUUUUCGUCAUGAUGGACCUGACUGGCGAGGUGUCGAAUGGUGCCAUCGACAUGGCCAAAGCGAAUCUCGAGAAGAUGCUACGGGUGUGCGUCGAGCCCGGGCCACAGGAGGCCAACGCCGAGUUGCUGGAGGCGCAAAACAAGGCGCUCUACGACGUGACGCACGAGCUGGUUAGACAGGUCACCUCGCCCCACACCAUUGUCAGGGAGCAGUCUAUGGCGUCGCUGCGACUGCUCGCCGAGAUACAAAACAAGAGCGUGACCGAAGUCAUGGAGCCGCACAAGGACGUUCUCGCGGACAUGAUACCACCCAAGAAGCACUUGCUGAGGCAUCAGCCGGCUAACGCCCAGAUUGGCCUGAUGGACGGUAAUACCUUCUGCACCACUCUAAAUCCUCGACUCUUCACGAUCGAUCUCAAGACCGUGGAGCACAAGGUGUUCUUCGAAGAACUACAGACUCUUAACGAAGCCGAGGACGUGAAUCUUCAUCGACUUCCCUGUUACAAGUCCGUGCCGAAUCUCGUCCCGCUACGCAAGUCCGCACUGCGAGCGCUGGCUGCCUGUCACUACAUACCUGAAAAGCGUCAAAAGAUAUUCGAAGUGUUGUAUGCCUCGCUCGAGAAGCCCAACACCGAGCUACAGGAGACCGCCUUCGAGUGCAUGCAGAAAUUCAUAGCUGGCUUCCAGAUCGAGAUGGAAUCCGUGCACGCGAUCAUGCGGCCCAUGCUGCUCACGCUUGGUGACCAUCGCAAUUUGAGCCUCAAUUGCGUCAAGAGGUUGUCUUAUUUGACUCAGCUAUUCCCGAGUACCUUCAGUAUAACGCUCUGCGAGCAGCUGUUGCAGCAUCUGAAGAAACUACUCGAGAAUCUGAUACAGGCGCACAAGGGAGUGUCGAGGACCGGUGAGAACGAGCAAAAGAUUGCCACGAUCAUCGAAAUUUUCCAUCAAAUACCAGCCGCGACGCCAAAGUUCAUCGAGGUUCUCUGUCGACUUGUCCUUCAAGCUGAGAAAGCAUUGCUGAUCGAGGCUUCCAGUCCGUUCCGGAUGCCACUCAUGAAGUUCUUGCUGAGAUAUCCCACGGACACCCUGACUCUGUUCUUAAACGACAACAACAUCAAGGACCAGCAGUGGAGCCGAUACCUCGAGUUCCUUAUCAAACACAAGGAAGGCAAGCCGUUCCGUGACAUGCUUUGCAAGAGCUCGCUGCGUCUCGUCUCGAUGCUGCUCGUCCACUCGCAAAUCAAUUCGACCCUCACACCGGAGGAAAAAAGCGAGUUGCAACAUCAGGCCAUUCGCAUAGUGUCGGUGCUGAUUAAAUUCGACGAGCAAUGGUUGUCGACCCAAUUGCAGCUCGUCGCGGCUCUCAAGCAAAUUUGGUGCAACGACGAUUACCACGCAUUACACAAGAAAGUCGAAAACAUUGAUUUCUGCCACUGGAAGGAGCCUAAGCUCAUAGUCAAGAUAUUGCUGCACUAUUUCUGCCACCAUCCAAACGAUAUAGAUCUGUUGUUUCAACUGCUGAGAGCCACUUGUGGCAGAUACGUUCCGGAUUUCCAGUUCCUCAAGGAUUUUCUGGAAAACACCGUUGCCCAAGAGUACACAGUCGAAUGGAAGAGGAGUGCCUUUUUCAGAUUUGUCGAACACUUUCCAACAAACAUGUCACCCGAGCUCAAAGCAAAGAUCGUACAGCUGAUCAUAAUACCUUGUUUCUCUGUGAGCUUUGAAAAGGGCGAGGACAUCAAACUCGUGGGCAGCGCGCCCGUACCCUACCAAGACAGCCCCGACAACAUCAUAUCCGUCUUCAUCAACAAGAUCAUAGACCCGGACAGUAUCCUGACAUCAGUCGACUGUGUCCGUAUCGCUUUGUUACAACUCUCCUGUCUGCUAGUGGAAUUGGCACCUCAGUACAUUCACGAUGGAACAAACAAACGUCAAGGCAAUAAACUGCGAAGACUCAUGACGUUUGCGUGGCCGUGCCUGUUGAGCAAGAACUGUGUCGAUCCCGUAACGCGGUACCACGGCCAUCUUCUACUCAGUCACGUCAUCGCCAAAUUUGCUAUCCACAAAAAAAUAGUCUUGCAAGUUUUUCACAGUUUGCUUAAAGCUCACGCACUUGAGGCACGCUCCGUCGUCCGACAGGCUUUGGAAAUCAUUACACCAGCGAUGCCAGUGCGCAUGGAGGAUGGCUACAAAAUGCUGACACACUGGACGAAAAAGAUCAUUGUCGAAGAGGGACACUCCAUGCAACAGUUGUUCCACAUCCUUCAGCUAGUCGUCAAGCAUUACAAAGUUUACUACCCCGUGCGGCAUCACCUCGUCCAACAUAUGGUCAACUCCAUCCAGCGUCUAGGUUUCAGUCCCACGGCUUCCAUUGAGCACCGUAAAUUGGCCGUAGAAUUGGCCGAGGUCAUCAUCAAGUGGGAGUUUCAGCGCAUCAAGGACGAAGGAGACAGCACUGAUGGUGGACCGGAACCAAAGCGCCUUGCCGUGCAAUCGAGCAUCGGGCAAUCUCCCGUCGCCUCGACCGCAGCUUCACCAGGUGGUGUAGCGACGAAAUUGGAGCUGGGCAUUGGCAAGCCGAUAGAGCGGAUGCACGCUGACGCCGUUCUCAACUUCCUUCUUCGCUUGGCUUGCCAGGUCAACGAUGCCAUUGGGGCUACUACGGGUAACCAGGGCGAACAGCUGUCCCGGCGCUGCGUUUAUCUGCUGAAAAUGGCCCUCAAACCCGAUAUGUGGCCGCAAUCGUGCGAUCUCAAGCUAGGUUGGCUCGACAAAGUGUUCUGCAGCGUUGAGACGCCCACGCCUAAUUUCGGCAACAUAUGCACAGCUCUGGAGCUCGUUACGUUUUUGCUGGGUGUCAUGAAAAAGGAACAGGUACUGGCAAGCUUCAAACCCCUGCAGCGAGGCUUGAGCGCUUGUAUCGCAAGCUCCAAUUCCAAAGUCGUAAGAUUGACGCACGCGCUGCUGUCCCGUCUCAUGACAAUCUUCCCCACUGAACCAUCUGCCGGACCAAACGUAGCAUCGUCCACGAUUGCAUCAAAGUACGAGGAGUUGGAUAGUUUGUACGCGGCAGUAGGAAAGUUUAUCAUCGAUGGGCUCACUACGUAUGAAAAGAACGCGGCGGCACAGGUCAGCUCGCUUUUCGGCACGCUCAUGAUGCUGAAGGCCGCGUGCACCAAUAAUCCAGGAUACGUCGACCGCAUGAUCGCGUCUUUCAUGCGUGUUCUACAUCGCAUGGCCAAGGAUCACUUGAGCCCGACUCAAGCCGAAAAUAACCAGGUGGCCAGCGAAUUGCUGAUUGCGGCGCUCGAUCUCGUUAAAAACCGCGUUGUCAUCAUGAGUGUAGAAAUGCGCAGGUCCUUCAUGUCAAACAUUCUCGUGAAUUUGAUAGAAAAGACGCAAGAUAUUCGGGUGAUGAAGGCCAUUGUCAAGAUACUCGAGGAGUGGAUGAAGAACAAAACUCCCGCAGUAGUCAGUCAGGCGCCGAGUUUACGCGAAAAAAGCUUACUACUGACUAAACUCAUGAACUACGUCGAGAAACGAUUCCCCGACGAUCUUGAGCUCAACGCCCAGUUUCUUGAACUUGUCAAUUUCGUGUACAGAGACGAGUCACUCAAGAGCUCAGAGCUAUAUUCCAAGCUCGAGCCCGCUUUCCUCAGUGGCUUGCGUUGCGUACAGCCCCACAUUCGCGCAAAGUUCUUCGAAGUCUUUGACGAUUCAAUGCGCCGCAAACUCUACGAUCGUCUUCUCUACAUUGUAUGCAGCCAAGCUUGGCACGAGAUGGGUCCUCACUACUGGAUAAAACAAUGCAUCGAGCUGCUCCUCGUCACCGCCAAUUCCACCAGCCAAGUGCAACUGUCGAAUCAAGAGCUACUCAUGCCCAGUAUCAAUUCGCUCAUCAACAUGGUAGAAGGCGACGAGUACAAAAACUACCUCGAGUACUCCCUGAUCAAGGAAGAGCCAAUGGAGCUGCUUGACCUCGACGAUGUCAAGGAUGCUAUAAUGGACGUGGACGGGUCAGCUGGUAUGAAGAUGGAGGUGGACGCGCCGAUCGUUACCGAGGAGACUGGUCCUGGUAAGCAGGCUACUUUUGCUCAGCUGAUCGCCAAUCAAGCUGAGUUUCUCGAGCAGUGCAAACAAAUACGUACGAAACAGCUGCUCAACGCCUCGGCUCAGCUGUGCCACAUGGACACCGGUCUCGCCGAACGGGUCUGGCUGGACCUGUUUCCCCAGUUGUGGGGCAUCUUGGACGAGAUCCAGCAGAACGCUCUGAUCAAGGAGACCGCCUCUUUCGUCAGCAGUGGCACCCACGUCAUUCAAAAGGACUGUCACCCAAGCGCCCUGGCGACUUUCCUCGAGGCCCUGUCCCACUGCUCCGUCACAGUGCCAAUCAAGCCGGCUGUCAUGAAGUACCUCGGCAAGUCACACAAUCUCUGGCACCGUAUGACACUGAGUCUCGAGCAGCAGGCCUUCGACAGCGGGGCUAUAGGUAACAACGGCUACUCCGGUAGCAAGCCGAAACGUGACAUCGACUGCUACGACUUUGAACCUGACACUAAUCCUCACAUAGAGAUUCUCGACUCCCUCACCGACCUCUACAAGCUUCUCUGCGAGGAGGAUAUGUGGUGCGGUCUUUGGCAAAAACACGCCGUUUACAAGGAAUCCGUUCAAGCCAUGGCACUGGAGCAGCAAGGCUUCUUCGAGCAAGCGCAGAACGCCUACGACCUGGCCAUGACCAAGUUUAGACAGGAAUUCGUAGCCACGCCCGCACCCGUUAAGAUGCAGCGCGAAGUACUUCUCUGGGAGAAACGCUGGAUCAAGUGUGCCAAGGAGCUCAACCAGUGGGAUGUACUACUCGAGUACGGUAGCAAGAGAAUGGAACGAAACCAUUUUCUGAUUCUCGAGAGCUCUUGGAGGAUACCAAACUGGUCGGUCAUGAAGGAGGCGCUUGCAACCGUGGAACAAAACUGCCCCAAGGAGAUGAUGUGGAAAGUUAAUAUGUACAGAGGUUUUCUCGCCAUUUGCCACAGCGAGGAUCAGCACCUCAGUGCUGUUGAGCGAUACGUUGAACUAGCAUCGAACAUGUGCAUGCGUGAGUGGCGCCGCUUGCCGCAUAUUGUCAGUCACAUCCACUUGCCCCUACUUCAAGCAGCCCAGCAAAUAAUGGAACUGCAAGAGGCAAUGCAAAUCCAUCAAGGCUUGUUGCACGGUAGGAGCUCGUCAAUACACGAUAUGAAGGCAAUUGUAAAAACGUGGCGAAAUCGUCUUCCUGUUGUUGCUGACGAUCUCAGUCACUGGUCUGACAUUUUUACGUGGCGACAGCACCACUACACAUUUAUCUCCAAUCACUACGAGCACCAGCAGGAUCAAGCCUCCAACCAUUCAAUGCUUGGAGUUCACGCUUCCGCACAGGCGAUAAUACACUUUGGAAAAAUAGCCCGCAAGCACAACCUUACCGGAGUCUGUUUGGAUUCCCUGUCGCGUAUCUACACGAUACCGAGCGUACCAAUAGUCGACUGUUUCCAAAAAAUUCGUCAGCAGGUCAAGUGCUACGUGCAGAUGACGGCUUCGGGCAAAAAUGAGUUGCAAGAGGGCCUUGAGGUCAUAGAGUCCACGAAUCUCAAAUAUUUUACCAAAGAGAUGACGGCGGAAUUCUACGCAUUGAAAGGGAUGCUGCUUGCGCAACUCGGACGAUCGGACGAAGCGAACAAGGCGUUCUCCGCGGCGACUCAGCUUCACGAUACGUUGGUCAAAGCUUGGGCUCUGUGGGGUGAUUACCUCGAGACGGUCUUUACGAAUGAUCCACGAAACAUGACUGCCGGAGAGUCGGCCAUCAUUUGCUUUUUGCACUCGUGCAGGCACCAAAACGAGGGCAAGGCGAGGAAAUACCUGGCGAAAGUGCUCUGGCUGCUUUCCUACGACAACGAUUCGGGAAAAUUACUCGAGACACUUGAAAAAUACAUGGCUGGGGUUCCACCCUUGCAGUGGCUACCUUGGAUACCGCAGCUUCUCGCUUGUCUCGUUAGAUUCGAGAAAACGUCUGUGCUGAAUAUGCUCAGCCAAGUUGGCCGAGCUUUCCCGCAAGCAGUCUACUUUUCCAUAAGGACGCUGUAUCUUACGUUGAAAAUCGAACAGAGGGAAAGAUUUAACAAUCGAAGUUCCGAAUUUGAUGCAACGAGUGGAGAUAGAGGUGGUCAGCAGCAGCAACAACAACAGCAAGGACAAUCUGCCAAUCUCGCACAUCAAGCUGAAGUCAAAGCGAAAGCAACAGUGCCCAUGUGGAUGUGUUCUAAAAUUAUGCAUCUGCAACGCGAAAUUCAUCCGACUAUUUUGUCAAGCCUCGAAGGUAUUGUUGACCAGCUUGUAUGGUUCCGUGAAACGUGGUACGAAGAAGUUCUUAGACAGUUACGACAAGGUUUGGCAAAGUGUUAUGCGAUAGCUUUCGAAAAUCGGGGUGCAGUCAGUGAGGCUACAAUAACACCGCAUACACUUAAUUUUGUAAAAAAACUCGUCUCAACGUUCGGUAUUUUUACAGAAAAUAUUUCGUCAUCUCAAAAUAUUAUAAUUAACAAUUUCGCAUCUGCUGGCAAUGAAUCGUUGGCCAGAAGAGCUCAAGCUACAGUUCAGGAUCCAGACUUUCAGAAAAUGAAGAGUCAGUUUGUGAACGAUUUUGAUUUCAGUACGCCAGGCGCACGUCUUUUGCACAAUUUAAUCAGUAAAUUCAAAAAGUGGAUCAAAAUUCUCGAAGGAAAAACGAAACAGUUGCCAAAAUCCUUCCUUAUCGAAGAAAAAUGUCGUUUCCUCAGCAAUUUCAGUUUAAAGACAGCCGAAGUCGAAUUAUUUGGCGAGUUCCUUAUACCAAAACUUUCCCACUAUUACGUAAAAAUAGCGCGAUUCAUGCCACGAGCUGAAGUCAUUCAACGUCACAAUGCAGCUGCCCGACGUCUUCGUAUCCGAGGCCACAAUGGCCGUCUCUAUCCGUACUUGGUAGUUAACGAUGCCGGUCUUGGCGAUGCAAAACGCGAAGAACGCGCGCUUCAAGUGUUCCGCUUCCUUAACCACUACCUCACCAAACAAAAGGAAACGUCGCGUCGCUUCUUGCACUUUACUGUUCCACGAGUUGUAGGCGUUUCACCUCAGAUGCGCCUUGUCGAAGAUAAUCCAGCUUCGGUUUCGCUACUCGAUAUCUACAAACAAGGUUGUGCUAAGCUUGGCUUCGAGCAUGACUCUCCCAUAGCCAGGUACUAUGAGAAAUUAGCCGCGGUACAGGCCAAGGGCAAUCAAGCUAGUCAUCAGGUAUUAAGAGAAAUCCUCAAGGAGGUGCAGUCGAGCAUGGUUCCUAAGACCAUGCUCAAGGACUGGGCUGUCAAGACAUAUCCUACAGCUACCGAUUAUUGGACUUUCCGGAAGAUGUUUACUUUGCAAUUGUCAUUGAUCUGUUUUGCCGAAUAUGCAUUGCACUUAACGAGACUGAACCCAGAUAUGAUGUAUAUACACCAAGACUCGGGCCUUAUCAAUGUAGCGUACUUUAAGUUUGAUGUUGACGACACGACCGGAGAAUUAGAUGCCAACCGGCCGGUACCUUUCAGACUGACUCCAAAUGUCUUGGAGUUCAUAACUAGCACAGGACUUUGCGGGCCACUGACGGCAAGUGCUAUUGCAACGGCACGCUGUCUGGUACAACCGAAUUACAAGAUCGGCACGAUUCUCCGUGCAAUACUGCGCGAUGACAUUACUCUAGAUCGCAGCAAGCGUCAGGAGGAUUCAAACGUACCGGGUGGUGCGUGCGAUCUUAAAGGUGAAACAGCAAUAACGAUGGUGUCGCGUGCUGCCAACGCAAUCAUGUCGAGGCUGAAUUCUCUCGCGCACUUUGAUGGCACCGACAGCAAAGUCAGCACGCUCGUCACCGCUGCCAGCAGCUUCGACAAUCUAUGUCGCAUGGAUCCGUCCUGGCACCCAUGGUUGUAAUACGUUUUUCCAUAUACCUGUAUCGAGCUGCUUCUUGAUCAAAAGAUUUAUUUUUCUGGCGAGAUAAUAUUAGUUUUUACGCUGUUCUUUUAAUACCCGUAAUGUAUAAAUUAGGAUAAAAUUAGAAAUUUAAUCAUGACGCAAUCGUUACGUGUACAAUUGUUGUAAUAACAAAACAAGAGGAUGAACAUAUGAAAGGCAAUUGAUUUGUAAAUAUUUGACUGAGUACAAACGGCGAAAAUGAUUUUUUUUUUUUUUUUUUUUUCGCAAGUACAAAUCAAGCAAAAACGAUAAAUUUUUACUUUAAUGGUAACGAUGCAGACUGUUGACUUAUU